AUGCCAGUGCCCGAUCCAUUCUCAUUGGCUGACCGUUUCACCGAUGAAUCGUCCAAGGAUGCCAGCUCCAGCAGUUCGGACGACGAGGAUGAUGGCGUGGUGGUCAGAGCAAACGCUCCAACAGAGGGCAUCACCUUCAACGGCUCCAUCCACUACCGAGAAGACCUGAAUCCCAGUCUUGGCAGAGGCAGAGGUUUGCUGUGGAAACGGCCGACCAUAAUCCCGAGACAGCCGUCGCCAGUCCAAGUCAUCAUCAGAAAGUCAUCAUCACCUGCACAGACGACGACGACGACCUCCACCAGCAAUCACCGCGGCACCGGAACCAAAACCAACAACACCAGGGCUGGAAGUGGCAGUGACAGUGACAGUGGCGACAGAAGCAGCAGCAGCAGCAGCAGCAGCAGCAAAGAGACCAGCAACGACCGCGAGACAACGAGGCCCCCUUCUACACAACAACCCAGGCCUACAAUAAAGACUAUGUUCAAGCCCACGUCAACCCAGCGUGUUCCCGAAAAACCUCCAGCUCAAGUUCAUGACGAAGAAGAGCCCAAGAGACCGUACCACCCUCUACUCAAGCCCGUAUUUGGACCUGCUAGGAAAACUGCCGGCUCGACUGCUCCUAGUAGAGUCCCAGAAGGAGGACAUAUGAUAUCGGCUUCUCAGGGACAGUCAUCAAAGUCCACAGUCGGAAGCAUAUUCAGGCCCCCCUCACAAACCGCACCCAAAGCUGCACCUAUUCAGCUCCAAAACAGCCAUUCGAGGUAUUCACAAUCCCAGCCACAAUCACAAAACCCAUCGUCUUCCAUCUCAUCUCAGCCUCCUCUCAGAACCGCCUCACAAACCGCUCCCGGUCAGGGGCAGCGCCCUAGUCCACCGCCACCCCCUGUGUCCAGUAGUGUAUUCAAGCUUCCGCAUCAGCCCCCUAGGCAACCAAGCUCCCAAGCACCGCCCGGGCAUAUCCAGAGAGAAACGAAAGUACCGCCGCCCAAUGUAGGCAGGAACAUAUUCAACGCUCCAUCCAAAUCCUUUUUUCGACCUGCAUCUCAGCCAACUUCUGGUCAGGUUAUUGACCCUCAACCGAGAAUGCAACAACCUUAUCCUCCCAAUAAAGUUCCCAAGGCUCCUCCUCAAUCACUAUUUAGACCAGCUGGACAAACUCAUAGGUCUGGGCUACUGCUGUCACAACCAACACCGUCUCGGUUAUCACAGCCGCAAUCAUCAGGAGCUAGAAUAUCUCAGUCACAGCCAGCAGGGCCCGAUAUGCCACAGCCGUUGGCGUCCGUGACAUUACCACCACAACCACAACAACAACCACAACCGCAAAUGUCAACCUCCGAAUUCUUUUCAGCUCCGGUAGCCUCCAUCUCAAGUAAAGUCAAUUCCCAGGAAGCUCCGGCUACCCGGCCUCCUGAGGCUCCUAAUUUGACAGUACAAGACAUAGAGUCCAAGCUCCGGUCCUUUAUUGCCACUGUAGGCGAAGACCAUGCUCGUUAUGUUGAAUAUCUACUUGAUGAGGCCGAACAGAUGGCCCCAGAGCCAAAACAUCUAAGCGACUUUGAUGCCUUUGCUGACAUGCCGGCCCUAAGCGCUCCUGCUACUACUUCCGACACCGCUUCUGUUUCAGAUGACGGAGUGGAAACCAUGGCGUUCAAAAUUAAGCUUCACCACGGUGACAAUGGAAAGCCCAGGGCCCCCACCAAGGCUUUCAAGUGCCCGGUCGUCAAAAUCAAGACGGACAAGGAGGUCGUCCCCAAAUACAGGUUUCACCAUACUGAGAUCAAAAAGAACAUCUUGGUUCCCAAUACAAUGCUCACAUUUGUUCCUCAUCUCCGGGAUGUCGACCCAGACUCUGUGGACGAGAGAGAUUACAUCAACUGGCUCAAUGAAUUGGAAAAGUUGGACACCCAGUCUGGAUUCAAGACGGAAAACAGGCAACAGAAAAAUCAUAAGCGUGUCCGGGAUGAAUUUACCGCCACACUCUCCAUGUACAUUGAGCCUUGGCUCAAGCAACUAGGUCUCGAUGUUGUUUGUGGCAGACCGACGCUGAUCCGCUAUAUGUUGAGCCAGGAAGAAAACAAAGCACACAUCACACAACAGCAAAAGGACGUCCUCCUCAAUACCUACAAGGACGAUGCCAUUUUGUCGCCAAAGGCCGUGGAGGCGGCACGCAUCUUUACCCUGGCAUUCAACAACGUGUUUGGAAACAACACCGACCCGGAGCGUUCCAUCACCCUUCGGGAUGUCUUGCUCCUCGAAAAGCGUGAGACCGUUGUCGACGAGAAGCGUGCAAAAGAGACACCCCCUCCAGCCAAUCCUCAAAGUGAUCAAUCAGACAGCAACGGUCUGCUGCCCAAAGUCGAGGCCUCGCUUUCAAGUUACGCGGUUCUGGGCUGCAAUGUCUGCUUCAGCCACGAUUGUGAGCAUGGUGACAUUGACGCCCACAACUACCACCGGACAUUUUCCCUUGAUAGUGUCGGCGGUGUCAUCCGGGCGCUCAAGAGAAAGUGGGCCGACCAAGUCGCCUCGAUGGGCGGCGACGAGGAAGCUGUGGCAGCAGCCUCUAAAAAGGCUCUUCACCUCCCCUGUCACAACGCCUGCUACCGGCACUACGACGUUGGUCCUGCUGCCGCCCCCGUCACCCCCUGGGCUAACAGCGAAAUCUCUGUUUUGGAGGACAUGUUUGUCAGUGUCGGACACAGUCAGACCCUUAAGGCUCAAUGCGUGGUGGCUUCCAUCCUAGGCCGCAAAUGUUGGGAAGUCUACCGCAAGAUCAAAGAGCUCGACCUCAGCCUCCCGCAAGUCUCACCACCUCGCCCAAAAACCGGCCCCAAGGGCGGUCCCCCAACCAAAGUCAAAUCGCUUCCUUGGUACGACCGCCGCAAGAAGUGUCUCAUGGGUGACUGGCAAGACCAAACCGCGACGCACGAGCACUCCAUCCGCGAGAUCACCGAACCGUGUCAUCACGACGGUCCCUGCACCAAAGAAAACGAGGCCUGUCCUUGCGCCAACGCCUCGCCUCGUCCUUUACUCUGUGAUCGGUUCUGCCAGUGCACGGUAGACGAGUGCGCCCUCAAAUUCACCGGUUGCGCGUGUCACUCGACAGGCAAGACUUGUAUUCAGAGACAGAAGGAGGGUAAACCGUGUAUCUGCAUCAUGCUCAACCGUGAGUGCGACCCUGUGGUGUGCAAGGGAUGUGGGGCGAAAGAAAGGGCAGAUCCGGAUAAUGCCCAUGAUGAGACAUUGCAUUCGACGGGGUGUCAGAAUGUUAGUCUUCAGCGGGGAGCAUCCAAAACUGUUUUGCUUGGAAAAUCUCAACUCGAAGGAUGCGGCUACGGUCUCUUUACUGCCGAAGACAUUUCCCAGGACGAGUUCGUGAUCGAGUACACCGGUGAGCUAAUCACGCACGACGAAGGUGUGCGUCGCGAAGCUCGUCGUGGAGAAGGGUUCGGGUCCCAGGGCACCAGCUCUUACCUGUUUACGUUACUCGAGCAUGAAGGCAUCUGGGUCGACGCAGCCAUGUACGGCAACCUCUCCCGGUACAUCAACCAUGCCUCGGAAAACGACAAGAAAGCUUGCAACAUCACGCCCAAAAUCAUCUACGUGAACAACGAGUACCGCAUCAAGUUCACCGCGCUUCGGGACAUCAAAGCCGGCGAGGAGCUCUUCUUCAACUACGGCGACAACUUUCCGAAUCUCACCAAGAAGCUGCUUCAAGAUCAAGAUGGAGAUGGCGAAAAUGACACCGCUACCAAAUCCAAAGGCAAAAGAGGCAGUAGUAGUCUCGCUCAAGGGACGGCGCGUAAAGCAACCACUAAGGCUAGUACCACCGCCAAAGGCAAAGCGAAAAUCCAAGGUCGAGCACGCGGCGCGCGCAAGACGGCUGUGAUGGAGAUUCCCCCCAGUGAUGAUUACGAGGACCAAACGUGGAUUAGGGAUCCCCUUCCCUUGUAUGAUGAGUAUGAUGAAGACGAUGACUCUUACUUGCCUGUGGGCAGGAAGAGGAGAAAGCGCGGUGGGAAGAGGGCUGGUGCUGGGAGGAAGAAGAAGACUCCUAGUCCUGAGGAGGGGGAGGAUCAGGGAUCAGCUGGGGAGGAUGAAGCAGAAGCGGAGGCAGAGGCUGAUGAAGACGGUGAUGCUGACGCUGAUGGUGAUGCUGAUGGCCCCUCUAAUCAACAGACUCGCAAGCGUCGCGCUAGAGCCGUCUCGGAAAUAAGUGACAGCCAGGCCGAGCGCGAUGAGGACAUGGACGACAUGGAGUCAGAAGAUAGCGACGCGCCACUUUCGCCAUCGAGGGUAACUGCCCGUCGUAAGCGACAGUUGAGAACCACAGCAGCGCAAACCGCCACCACCACCACCACCACUACCACCACCAGCGCAGCAAUAAACAACAACAACAACAACAACAACACCUCCCGCGCCACAUCAGCUUCAGCAUCAACAUCAGCUUAUACCACUGCCGCGUCAACGUCUAAUUCUACUCCCGCUCCAUCUCAACCAGGUAAUGGUGAUGGUGGCGGUGACGGUGACGAUGAAGCAGAAGGCAACCAGGAAGAAGAAGAAGAAGAAGAAGGAGGAGGAGGGCAAGAAAAGAAACGCUCUAAUAGAGGCGGCGCCCGUCCUGGUGCAGGCAGAAAGCCGAGGAAGACGGGGAGGCAGCAGGCUGCUAGUGGGUCUGCUUCUGUUUCUGCUUCUACUUCUGCUUCGGAAUCGACCACCGCGACUGGGAGUCAUGCUGGGAGUCAUUGGGAUAGGUUGAAGAGUAGUAUCGCUUUUGGGUCUGGAUCUGGAUCUGGAUCUGGAUCUUCAUCAGGCUCUGCUCAGCUUGCGAACCCCCACUCAGGUUCUCUACCCGCUAACCCCAGUGGCGUCUCCCCCAGCAAAAGUAAAAGCAAAAGCAAGAAACGCAAAGCUCCCGAGGCAGAUAUUUACUCCAUGGAUGAGCACUCUUCUUCUGCUUCUGGUUCUGGGUCCGACGCUGAACUCUCAGCUCCAGAGUCCAAUCAUGUGUCCAUGUCAUCAAAGAAAAAGAAGCAGAAAACUACCUCUACCUCUACCACUGCUGCAAACAGAACCAGAACCACCCGCUCUUCCCGCGCCACCACCACCAAGGCAAUUCCCUCCCCAGCAACAACAACAAUGAAAAUCAAACCUCUCGGCGUCACCGUCACUAGGUCUCCUGGUGGUAGAGGAACAGGAGCUCGUCAUACCUCUAUGCAUAACGCUGCAGCCGAGGCUCAAAUUAGGGCUGAACAAUCGUUGAGGGAUGAGGCUGCUGCUGCUGCUGCUGCUGCUGCUGCAGCGGGAACAGCGGCAGCAGGAGCGAUAAGAGAAGCGCAGCAGGGGCAGGGACAGGAGAUGCAGAUGCAGAGUAGUACUGGACUGUACCAUACUGCGGCCAACUUCCAGCCGUUCACUUCUGAUAACGACGAGGAUGAUGGAGAGGAGGAGGAUGUCGCUUCUGUUGGUUCUGGGGAGGAGGAGGAGGAGGAUGAAGAAGAAGAAGAAGAAGAGGAGGAGGAGGAGGGGGGUGAAGAGGGGCGGGCACGGGGUGGUGAAGCACCUGCCCCUGGUUCGAAUGGGGACAACCACGAGCAGGCUCCAUGUGAGUGGUGUGAUAAUUAUGUUUGGGAUGUCGAUGGCGAUACGACUACGACCACCGGCAGCAGCAGCGUAUGUGAAGCCGAUAGAAUCGCUUGGGAAAAUUGGAUGAAUUUACCUCCAACACCGCGCGAUGAAGAAGGACAUGCAGGCCGGGCACCCGGCGACUACGACUCGGAUGAUGGCGCCGCCGUUCCUGGUCGUGAUGCUUCAAAUGCCCCUGGCCCUGAAUCCGGCUCUGCCAACGAAGGGGGUGAAAGCGACGACAACGGCGACGACAACGACAACAGCGAAGAAAGUGAAGAAGAAGUAGAAGAAGUAGUAGAAGAAGAAGAAGAAGAAGAGGACCAGCCCCCCGUCAAGCGAUUACGGCCUCGUCGUCCGCAUCAAGCAUCGCCACCAGCAAAUUUGAAGUCAACGGCGAGUAAUGCUGGGGCUCCAGUCGUUGGCGGGAAGGUGCUACGGCAGCGAUCCAGCCAGUCUCAGUCUCAGUCGCAGGCUCAGUCCCAAAAGACCAAAAUCACAAGACAAAGCACCGCCGCCACAGGCACCAAGGGCACCGAACGGAAAAUCACCCGUAGUACCAAUACAUCUGGCACCGCCACCCGCAAAACAUCCAAUCCCAACACCAAUCCCAAUCCCAAACCCAAAGCGUCCGGUCCCUCCAAGGAGACGAGAUCAUCAUCAUCAGCAGCGGCAGCAGCAUCAGUUCAAAACCAAAACCCCACCAGAGGAUCAUCAUCAUCUCUGAAAAGGAAGGCGAGUGGAGCAGAUGGCUCUAGCUCAAAAGGAUCAAAAGGAGGAGAAGAGGGAACAAGUCAUAGGAAGAGACAGAGACCGCUGAGAUAUCGGAACGAGGAGGAGUAGGUAUUUGACUCGUGAUUUUAGAUAUCUGGUUGUUUGGUUGUCUGGGGUUCUGUUCAAUAUUCAUUGGAUCGUUUCAUUCGAAGAGGUUCAUGACGUGGGGUGAGAAGGGGGGUGAGAGGGGGGUAACAGAGGAGGAAGAGGAAGAGGAGGAAGAAAGGCUAGGGUCUUAGUGAGGAGU